AUGAAAUCUUUUUGGAAUAAUCUAGGUUACCAGGGUGUUGGUAUUGUUGAGGCUAAUGGUCAUAGUGGGGGUAUCUGGGUUUUAUGUUCAAAUUCAAAUAUUUCUGUGAGAGUAUUGGAUGUAGUUGAUCAAUGUAUCAGUUUUGAAAUCACUAUGGGCAAUACAUCUAGUUACUGCAGUGCGGUGUAUGCUAAUCCGCAUAUACAUCGGCGUAAAGAACUGUGGGGUGACUUGACAAGGAUUGCUAAUAUGAUCCACGGACCUUGGAUUGUGUUAGGGGACUUUAAUGAUGUUCUGUGGCAGAGUGAAGUUAGAGGGGGGCAGUUUAGACUUGCCAGAGCAGAACAAUUUGCGGAAAUAUUAGAGGAUUGUGGGCUGUUUGAUAUGGGGGCUAUUGGGAGAAGAUUCACUUGGUACAGGAAGGUGAAAGGUGGGGUGCAGGUGGCUAAGAAGCUUGAUAGAGCAGUCAUCAACCAGGACUGGCGACUAAUGUUUCCGGAGGCUUAUACUGAGGUGCUGGCGCGCCUUCACUCUGAUCAUUGCCCAUUGUUCACUAGGUGA